AAAAAACAUGGCGACACCCGUAAGGGUAACUCGUCUCUGUCGCUUGGUAGGACGGACCGUGUCCUCUCCCUCAGCCAGACACAGACAGGCUGUCAGUCUGCCAGCGAGGACAUGCUUCAUAUCCACAACCACGUGGAAAAACCUGCUGUUCAAACUCGAUGAGCGCACAGCCCACAGCAGCCUGGACCUCUUCAAGAAAGACACGGGGGUUAUCUACCGCAUGUUGGGCCUGGACCCCACUCAUGUUCAAGACAACCCUGAGCGGUUCAGAGACUGGGCCGUUGUGUUUGGAAACGAGAGGAUCAGCAGCGGAAGACACUACUGGGAAGUGACAAUUAAAAAGUCCCAAGAGUUUCGUCUGGGUGUUGCAGAGGCAGCGAUGUCCAGAGAUGACUGCGUGGGCACAAACAGAUGCUCCUGGGUGUUCAGCUAUGCUCAGCGUAAGUGGUUUGCCAUGACUAACGGCAAGACCGUUCCUGUGACACUGGUGGGGAAGCCUGAUCGUGUAGGGAUCCUACUUGACUAUGAAGCAGGUCUCCUAGGGCUGGUGGACAUCGAGAAUCCCCGGAUCAUUCAUGCAUUCAAGGCUCAGUUCAAGGCUCCUCUGUGCCCAGCGUUUGGACUUUGGGAUGGGGAACUGCUCACACACUCUGGCCUGGAGGAGCCAGAAGGCCUGAAGUAAUGCAUGUUCAUGACGACUGCAAUAGCAGCAAAAGGCAGUGGGCUGAGUGUGGUACUUUGGAAACACUUCUUAAAACAGUAUCUUAAAUAACUGCUGGAAGGAAAGCAAUAUCUCCACUGGGAACCAUUUAUAGCUUAUCUACAGGUAAUGGCUAAUGUCUGGGGUCCAGUUAAACAUCACAUGCUCUAACAAUGCAAAAUCAGUAUUUGUGUAUGUCAUCAAACCUCAGGCUGUUGUUAUCAGUUGAGGUAAAGCUGCCAAAUUGUUAUUUUACACUGAAUGUUGUGGUAUUUUCCACCAUAAUAAAACUUAUAUCAACAAAAAAACCUCAUAAUUUCAUGUGCAUACAGUAUGUUUAAUAAAAUAACUGAAACUGC